AUGGCUUCUGCAACAUCUUUCCGUGACAUUAUUGGCGUCACACCGUCCACGGCUUCGCCAAGCGACAGCACGCUCGUUAUUAUUGACGCGCAGAACGAGUAUGCCGAGGGCAAGCUCAAAGUGUCCAACGUUGACUCCUCACGGAAAGCCAUCGCAGACCUGCUGAAGAAGUACCGCGAUGCAAAAGGGAGCAUCGUCCAUGUCGUGCACGCUACUCCGGAUGGAGCUCCCGUCUUCACACCCAAGACCAGCCUGGCCCAGGAGUUUGAGGAACUCACCCCAAAGGAUGGCGAGAAGGUGAUCCAGAAACAAUACCCGGGCUCAUUUGCGGGCACAGACUUGCAGGACCACCUGGAGAAGGUGGGGAGCAAGAAAGUCGUGCUCACUGGGUAUAUGGCACAUGUGUGUGUAUCAACAACUGCUCGACAGGCCUCUCAGCGGGGAUAUGAUGUGCUGAUCGCCGAAGAUGCCGUGGGUGACAGAGAUAUUCCUGGUGUGGCUGCCGAGCAGCUAACCAAAGUUGCUUUGAGUGAGAUUGCGGAUGCGUUCGGCACUGUCAUCCAGAGUAAGGAUAUCAAAUAG